AUGGACUUUCUUAAGGGAAUAUCGGAAGCGAUUCAGAGCAUCGAAGAGGGCCAAAGCGUAUGGACGCCGGACGUGAUUGGUCCUAUUUUCCAGAGGGAGAACAUCGGCUUGAGGGAGGUGCUGAUGACCCAUCGGAACGACAAGUGCAUCCGUACGUUGGCGACCUUCGUGCCCGACGAGUUGAUCUACGAGACAGACAUCUCCCGGAAGAAUUUCCGUAAAUACAACGCGGUGACAGCGUUGAUCAACGUCUCGCGGAUCUUCAAUCUUCACGAGAAAUUCAUGAACGCUGAGAACGGCGGUAGCUGCGCUCUAUUCGAAAUGUUGAACACCUAUAUGGGCAUUAUAAUCGAGGGAGUGUACUACACCGAGGGGGAUGUGAUAAAGAUCUCACGGGACGGACUCUUGGUAUCGUGGAAGAUAAGCAGAGACGAGUUCUUCUCCCGUACGAUAUACAACGUGAUCCUGUACGCGCAGAGCAUUCAGGAAGUUAUUUCAUCGGUGAAGAAUAAACUCCAGACUCCAAAGGUGGACGUGGUAAUUUCCGCGGGCGAAAUAAUAUUUUCCGUGAUCGGCGACCACGAGACGAGACAUUUCGUGAUCGGCGGCAUGCCGAUCGAGGAUCUGAAACGCGCCAAGAGAAUCUGUCUACCUGGGGACGUGGUGCUGGCGUCGAGCGCUUGGGAGCAUUGCGCGCCCAGUCAAUACGAAUACGUGAUCAAAGACUCGAGUAACGUGAAGAUCAUCAGGAUUCUCGGACCGUUGAUGGAUUCUACUAGUAUAGAUAAACAGAGUACCCAGCAUGAGUUACCCGAAACGGAUCCUAGGGCAAGUUUAACGGUCACUGUUGUCAUCGAACCGACCGAACUCGGUCCUCCUUCCGUGGAAAUCUUUCCAGUCGCCGGUGAAGUAGAGGAAGUGUGGGAGCGCGGUUCGUUGACAGUGUCCGAGGUGUCUUUGCUUCGCGGUUGUCCUCUUCAAGCGGCGAGAGUCUCCGUGAUCGAGACGUUGAAGCGACGACUCGGUUCGCACCUGCGGACGUACAUAUUGAAGCCGGUGCUGAACCAGAUCAACGCGGAAUCAUCGUUGGAGUAUUUGACGGAAGUGAGGAAAGUCACCGUCACGUGUGUGAACGUGAUCCCAAGCAAGUGUUCCGUUUACGAACUGAUUUCGUUGAUCGACGAGUUGUUUAACGUUUUGAACAGCAUAGUUAGACAACACGCGGGAUGUAUCAGCACGAUGACCGUGUACAACAGGGAUAUUUUGUUUCACAUACUGUACGGGAUCGACGGAUACAGUCAAGACGCGGAAGAGACGAAUCCCGCGAAAAACGGUGUUGCGUCCGCGCCUGAGAUCCUGAACGAGCUGAAGCGGGUCAAUGGCGUGAAAACCGUCUAUGUCGGCAUGUCAACCGGAAUGGCCUUCUGCGGAGUAGUGGGUCACGCUGUCAGGAGACAAUACAUGGUUGUUGGUACACCCGUAGACAAGGCCAAGUCAUUGAUGAUGGUGUCCUUCGGCAAGAUGUCCUGCGACUAUGACACUGUCUUGUACAGUACCGUCGGCAAGGAAAAGUUCCGUUCACGAGGUGUCAAGACGCUCAAGGGAUAUGGAAAGGCUCACGUCUAUCAAAUCUUGGAUACAUAUCUAAAAUCCGAGGAAUUCCCAACGAACAUCGAUUACGUGUAUCCUAUUAUUGGUCGUUCGAAAGAACUGGAAUUCUUCAAGGAUAUCUUGGACGAUAUUGGAGUGGCGGAGAAAACUUAUUCAGGGAUGCUUAUCGAGGGCAGUGAGAGAUCCGGCAAAUCACGUCUUCUCGACGCUUUCGCUGCAAUCGUUCUGGACAGGCAAAUAACGUUGCUCAGGCUUCCUGUGCACGAGUCCUGCGCGGAGAAGGAGUUCUCGGUGCUGUACAACUUACUGCUACAACUUUUCGGCGCAAAGAAUACCACCACGAUAGAAGAACGGGAGAGGGUUAUGUUGAAUGAAUUCUCCGAUAUCCUACCCGCCAAAGAUUUCUGCUAUCUGAACGGCAUGAUGAAGGUUCAGUUUCCACUCUCGCAUGAGUACUGCAACGACACCGACUGGGAACGACACAUGAAGACUAUCCAACUGUUUGGAAUAAUAUUGGAAAGGUGCGUGGAACAUGUCUGCAUUCUUCUCGACGACGUGCAGAACAUGGACGUACUAUCCUGGAAGUUUCUUUCCGUCGCUAUGGACAAGGCCAACGUGAUCGUCGCGAUGACGUUACUGGAACCAGUCUCUUGGGACAAUUUGACCCAAGUGGAGUCAGGAAUUUGUCAGGACAAAAGGCUGAUGAACAGAUCGUUGACCGGAUUGGACACCGCGCACGUUACGGCAUUUGCCUGCCAGUUCUUGAACGUUCGAGCGAUUCCAAUCAAUCUCGACAGGAUUCUGCAGCACCGCGGCAAGAACGCGAUCGCCUGGUGCGAAGCGUUCCUGAUGUCUACUCUACAAGUCCGAGCUUUGGAGUUCAUCAAUGUUUCGCCUUUGGACACAAGACUCUACGACCUCGUUUUUCCCGAUGGUGCACUCGUGACUAAAAUACCCGUGGAUAUGACACCGGACGAACUCGCGCCGCCGUUGCAUUGGUCGCAAAUGAGCACCGUGACCGUCUGUCUGAGGAUCGAUAUGUAUAACAGAAUGAACUCGUACGAACAAGAUUUCAUUAAGUGUGCGGCGACAUUGGGUAGCAUUUUUAUACGUAAUAUGAUCGGAAAUCUGAUGAUUAACAUGAUACGACUAAGGGUUUUAGAAUGUGCGAUGAUCCAACGAGGACAAUUUCACAUGGACGAGUCGAUGUUCGUUUUGUUCAAGGAACGCAGAACCUUCAGCAACAUGUAUCAUCUGGUGACCUGUAAAUGCCAACCUACCCGUGUGUUCGCUCCAAGGAGCCUGCCUUUGCACGCGCACUGCCAGUACCUGGAAUUCACUAUACCCGCGUAUCGCAAGCUCUUGUACAACAUACUGCCAAUGCACGAGAGAAAGGAGUUUCACACAAAAGCGGCGGCCAUCUUCGAGCGUGACGCACGGAAAUGCAGCACAUGCGGCGGCGGCAGUUUCCUUGCGAUUUUCUCGAACGAGCACAUACAACCAGAAAAAACAGUCGAAGAGGCACCGUCGAUAUCGAGUAUAGCGUUGCCUAGAAGAAACAGGACGUACAGUCGAAUAAUGAACAGGUUGGAAUCGAAGAGUCGAUCGAAAAUGUUCUUAACGGUUAAUAAUGGAACAAACGAUACGGAGAGAAGGCGAGAAAGCAUGAGUGCCCGUAGAAUCUCGAUUUUGCCAUCUUACGACGACGAGGGGGACAUCGAUGCGUUCAUAAGCAAUAUGUUGGAGGGGCAAGAUGUCGACGUUACCAAGAAAAACGACAUUUCCUGGCAGAGCCGAUUGAAACACAUGAAGUACCUGGAUUAUCGUAACUGUCGAUGCAUCGACGUGAUUGACUACCUUUACUGGAAGCUACAUUAUCAUAUCAAGAACACCAUGGAUGUCGAGAAGUUGAAGAAGUUUAUGCUGGACUACAGUGCCGGCUUGCUCGAAACCGGUCAGCCGAUCUACGCGAUGAAAUUUCUCGCGGAUACGAACACGACGGUCGAAAUCGCGAAGGUCAAGACGCAGCUGAACGUGGACACCACGAGCGAGGAUAACUGUAAAGGAUCAAUAUUGAUUUUGACAGGCGACGCGUUUUUUACCUGCGGAAAUUACGUGCAAGCGAAGAAAUACUACAAGGAGGCGGUAACACUGAAAAACGGUCCGUACUUUGGCAAGAAACAGAUCUGCUACAACAUAGUCAUGGAGAAACUGAGACACAUGUUCCAAGGUUUACCCAAUUAUCUUCUGCAUCGGGUCCACGGUUCGGUAGCGACGAAGAAAUUAGAACUUGCGAUCUGUUUGCAAAGAUUAGCCUCGGUCUUGAUGGUCACCAAUGAACAGAAGAUAGCAAAAGUGAUGAUUGUUCGAAGUUUUCGCACCGCUUUUCAGACGGUCGGCGGUUUCAUUGAAAAAGCAUUGGUCUAUUUGACCGCUGUAGAAAUCAUUCGGGAUGACUGUUCCUACAUACGGUCUCUGGAGAAACUGAUGAUCCAUGUCACGGAGGAGAAAACUGCUUGGAACUCCCCGGAGGAGGUGGUCAUGCUGGCGAAGGUUUAUCGCGUGUUGUACGAGAACAGAUUGCUGGGAGGUUCGUUGCUUGAAAGCAUCGAUAUCGGGAUGAGUCUGUUGAAAAUUUGCGAUUGCCUCCACUAUACCAGAAUGAAGCUUGCUGUGUUGCCGUCUUUAAUCGAAGUCAUGGUUUGGACGAAGUACCUGAGCGGUGCAGUCGAUUUACUCAAGCAACUGUACUUUCUUUCCCACGAAGACGUCGAUAAAUCCGCGAUCACUUGGUAUUACGCCCUCUGUUUGGAGUUGCUUCUGGAUGCUGGGAUGGUCUUGGAAUCCUUCGAAACUUGUCGAGGAUAUCAUUCGCAAAUUACUUCUUGCAAAUGGAUGGCUUGCGUGUCACGGGAUCCGGAGAGCUUGACGCGCCUAACAACUUGCGUGAUUAUUUGGAAACUAAGAAUGAAGAUACCGGUCGCGGACUACUGUAUACCGACGGCCGGAGAUUACAUCAAAAACAUCAGAAAGGUCAAAUUUUCGCAGCUUCUAAAUUGCGUUAAGGGUCUCGAGUGCUACCUGUUGAUACUGAUUCAACAGAUUAACAUUAAGAAAUCGAACGAUGUGAUGGACCGACUGCACAGCAUUUAUCUACUGAUGCGCGCACUCCGUAAAACGCAGUCUCAAGCGAAGUUCCUGAAACCGUUUGUGUAUCUGUUAGAAUCGUACGUGUCGCUGAUACGCGGUCGGAAGUCUGCAUCAGAGGGGUAUUUACAGAAAUCUAAGAAAUCGGCAAAGACACAGGAGAACGAAAUGAUUAAGUGUUGGGUCGAGCAGAACAAAAGGACUUGGAAAUCGAAUUACAACAACAUGGCGCAGUACUGGAUGGAACACGUGGCUCCAGAUUUUACUAUUUAA